AUGCUGACUCCUAUUCCAUCGACGCCACCCUAUGGGACUGUUCGCUCACCGCUGCCGACCGUCGCCCGCCCUCGCGACUCGCUAUCACUUCCGACCACGCCUGCAUCUACCCGUAUGCGCGCUUUGCAAGCAUCAACGCCUCCUCCUUUAUCUCCGUCUCGACCCUCCACAGAAAAGCUCAUGGACAUAUCCUUCGAUGACCAGCGCAUCCCGUUGAACCGUUCACGCCGGGGGUCGAGUGCCUCCAUCGCCAGCUUGGCGUCAGGAAAACCCUAUCUGGAUCCUGAACUCGCGACACUCGUGGACGUCCCUGUUCCACUAGAGUUUUCGGCUGCUCAACUACGUCGACGAAGGCUUGCUGCCCUUGCCAGUCCCAUUCUUUUCGAGGGCAGUCUUUCAGAAGAUGGCGCGACGAUCAACAUGGAACACGACCAGGCGCUACCAGAAUUCUCGCAGAGAUACAGCGGGACCUCAGAGUCAUUUCUGCUACUUGAUGGAGACGACCCGCGCGUCACUGGCGUUCCGACUUUUCAGGGUAUCGAUGAGAAAUGGCGAGAUAAAUAUUGGAAGGAGGCGGAGCAUUUCCCUCCACAUAAACGGGAAAAGGUGGUACAUGCAUUAGAGAUGCAAUUUGCCGUCGAAUACACUCUGAUCCGACAUCGUUUCAUCGAGACUCUCGGACAGGCUCUCAUGAGUUUUGGCUCUCCUGCUCAUCGCCUGAAAGGCAUCCUUGACUCCACCGCGCACGCGCUCGACGUUGAUGUCGCUUUCAAUAUCAGGUCGGACGAGAUCGAGCUCAUUUUCCGCGGAAAUAACGCUCAAACGACAUAUACGACUCUCGUCCACGCUAUGCACUGCUCUCAUCUGUGCCUCAGCCGCCUCAACACGAUACAUUCUGUCUAUCGUCGUCUCGUUCGCACUCGAGAACUUACGCCACUGGAUGCCACAGAACUCCUUCGCCGCGAGAUGCAUGCACCACCGUUACUCGGCUUCUGGCUACAACUUUUCCUAUCCUUCCUCCUCUCAUUCUUACUGUCGAAUCUGGCCUUUGGCGGCGCAUUCGUGGAUAUGAUUGCUGCGGGAGUUGGCGCCAUGAUCGUAUUCCUCUCCACCUAUGUCGUGCGAGGGAGUAUAGCCAAGCUGACGGCGGAAUUCGUCUCAGUUAGCAUCGUAUCCUUCGCCGCGGCCAUCAUCAACAUCCUGACGAAGAACUUGGUGUGCUGGCACGCUGUUGCAUAUUCCUCAAUCAUCGGCCGUUUGCAAGGUUAUUCUGCCGUGUUGGCUGUAUUGGAGCUUGUUCUGGGGCAGACGGAUUCGGGGGCCGUGAAGCUCGUGAGGGCGUUGAUGAGCACCCUUGUUCUCAGCUUUGGGCUAGAGGUCGGCACGGACAUCGUCUUCACAAUCUUUCCGCAAUCCUCUCUGAAGGCAGAAGCCGCGUCAAUACCGCAUGUCAUAGAAGGAUGCUACAGACCUCCCGGGACUCCCUGGUUCUACAGUCGGUUCCCAUGGUACUUCAUGUUCUUCACGGUCCCUCUCUUCGCGGUCGCUCGAAGUAUCGCCAACAAACAUCCUUGGCGCAAAUGGCGCGACCUUCUUGUCGCCAUCUUCAUCACAAUAUGCGCGUAUACCGUCAACAAAGCGGCAAACCGAUUCCUUGUUGGUCAAACGGCAGUUCUGCCUAGUCUCAUCGGCGCGUUCACCGUUGGGUUCAUCGGUAAUCUAUAUUCCCGUAUAUUCCAUGCUUCUGCAUUCACUGCGAUGGUUUCGGGUGUCAUGAUGCUCGUUCCGUCCGGCCUCGGGGAUCUACACGCGUCCAUGACUUUCGACGACAGUCUCAAAGUGACCGGCGAGAUGCUGAAGACCGUUAUCGGCAUCUUACUUGGGCUCUCUGCCGGUCACUGCGCUGUACAUUUCGGGAAGAGGGACCGCGCGGCGAUGUUUUCCUUCUGA